GGACUUUAUCCUUAUAUAAGUUAUUGGUGCUACGCGUUCCGUGAAGAGUGGUCGCAAAAGGUGUGGCAUAGCCGUGUAUAAACCAAUAAUGGUGUCUAUAGCAUUCAUGCUUCUCACGGUGUCAACACUAGCUGUCCACGGGAAAUAUGUGUCCAAAGUUGAUCCGGACACACGAAACGGAUGCAAUGGGAAGACUCUCUGUGAUAUAAAGCCGGCGGACUAUCCGGAGCAGGAGAUCGAUAGGCUUCUCAUUAAAGAAUUGCCAAAGCUCCAUCGAAGAAAAAGAGAGUUGGCGAUAGAAAUGCCAAAAAUUGAACCCGGGAGCACUGGCGGCAAUUGUGAAACAGUUACGGAGAUAAAGACACCAUAUGAGCUCCGAAAUGAAGGCCAGGUUCCGCAAAUCGUCGUGCAAUCAAAGUUUUUCGAGCAACGGAUACCGUACGUGACGUGUCGUACCCCAAACCAACCUUGCUUCAAAGACUUAUUGCUACAAGACACGACCACAAUGUGCAGGCAAAAGUUCAUCCACACCAAGUUAUUCGUAUACGAUGCACAAAAUAAUAAAGUUAAAGCCAUUGACGGCCAAAUUCCUAUAGACUGUGUGUGUGAAACGGCUUAAUUAUUCAUACAUUUCAUGUAUUAGAACAAUUCAAACCUUCCUCACACUAGGCGCACAGUAUAAGGAAGAUCUCUCUUUAGACCCGGUAGCAGGCGUGGCUCACUCCGCGAUUUUGUCGCGUCGGUACAAGUACAUGCGGUUCACACCAAUUUUGAUGUCUAGCAGUAGUAGUUGCCACGCGCCGCUACGGAACGUAUGCCUGCUCGCGCUUGCGC